AUGCUAAUCCGAGGCCUAGACCUGUGGCUCGGGAUGUUGUUUAUGUUGCCCAAGUCUUAUACAGACAUUGAUGUUACAAUUAGAGAAAGCUAUGGUUCUGGAGAUAUGGUAGUUUCUAGCUCUGAUAGUGAUUCAGAUAAUUCAGAUGCAGAACUAGAUGUUGCUAUCAGUCCUAAGAGGAAGAGAAAGAAGAGAAUUAGGAGGAUCAUUGAUGAUACUGAAUUAGGAGAGAGACCAAAAGAAAAAUUGCAAUUGAAAAGUCCUCACCUGUCUGAGGCGGGAAAAGAACUUACUAGUUUUAUUGUGGGGAAUGAUAAAGUCCUCACCUGGACUGCCGAAUGUGACCAGGCCUUCGGCGAGCUUAAGGCAUACAUGAGUCGAGCCUCUUUAUUGUCAACCCCUGAGGCUGGGGACGUCCUCACCAUCUAUCUCUCUGUCUCGGCCACAGCGGUUAGUUCAGUGCUCAUUCGACCACACGAAUGUGCUGAGCAUCCGAUACACUAUGUGAGCAAAGGAUUACAAGAUGCGGAGGCUCGAUACCCAGACAUUAAGAAACUUGCUUUCGCACUGGUAGUCUCGGUUAGACGCCUCCGACCAUACUUUCAAGCUCACACCAUCCAUGUCUUAACCAACCAACUGCUCCGGCAAGUAUUGCAGAAGCCAGAGACUUCUGGGAGGUUAGUUAAGUGGGCCAUUGAACUUGGUGAGUUUGAUAUCCACUACAAACCCCGCCAAGCCACAAAAGGCCAAGCCGUGGAUGAUUUCAUAUAUGAAUUCACCGAACCCCAUACUCUGGCCAGUCCUCAUAUUGCAAUCAAGCCUACUCCUACCUCGAACCAGGUCCACGUCGCCAGCAACGACUCCCUAGACUUAACUCAGCCCUUAUGGACCUUAUAUGUGGAUGGCUCUUCCAAUGCCUAG